AUGUUUGAAACCCCAAUUUAUAAAGAAGCAAAGCAGUUCUGCUGGAAUCCUCCAUCGUACAAAGCCAAGGUGGCUCUCAUGGUUGAAGUCCUUCAACUGCAGCAGAACAACCAGCUACCCGCUGAGCUGACAGCUGAAAAUAUGGCUAACCUGAUGGUGGAGGAAAGCAAGAAGACACUCCGAGUGCAGCUGUGGGAGUUUAAGCUGCAGGGAUUCGAUAAGGAUGUCCAGCCUCUGUUGGAGCUGGUGUGGGAGGUCAACACCAGCCUGCUAAAAAGAGAUGUGGAGUUUGAAGCCAGAAAACUGCUCGACUCCCCGGACUCAAUACCUCCCUCUUACCAGCAUCCCAAGAUCCGCAACAAAGCCCAGGAGUACGCAAAGAUCCUGGUGGAGCAGCUGCAAAUAGGUCCAGUCUGUCAGAGUUUGAGUCCUCGAGAGGUGGUCAUCGAACUGGUUCCUAAAGUCCUUCAGGUCCUCUGGAAACCGAACAGGAUCAUUGCUUGGGAAAUGCCCUCAGAGCAGCUGAGUGAGAUGGCUGUUGGAGUCACGAAAGCCGUCCUUGAUCGUGUUUCUGAUUCCUUAUCACCUCUUCACAAGGCCACCUUCUCUCAGUCCAUCAGAGACAACAUGGUCCAGGCCAUCGAAGCAAAGGUGAGGCAGAUGUUCCCUCCAGACCAUCUGAGGAGGAAGGUCAACUGUUUUGAAGUGGAGGUGCUCGACAUCAUCAGAAGUGUUUCAGCAGAGUCCGUCUGUCAGCUGUUUGAGCAUCAGAGUCAAACAGCUGAUCAGGAGCCGGCAAACAUCAGCCAGGCCACACCAAUGCCAUCUUCUGCUGAAACCCUGAGUGCUGCACCUCCAGUCACAGACUCAGUUCAGCCAGACAGCAAAAAUGAAGAACCAAACAGUGAACUGGACUCUGUGGAGCAAACUCCAUAUUCCCAUGAGGCCCUGCCAGCUGUAGCUACAGCCCCAGUUUCAGUCCUGGAGGGCAAGGAUGUGGAGGAGGAGUCCACCAAAGAUCCAGAACCUGCUUUGGGAAAGCCUCCAACGCUGUUUGAACCUGAAACUGAGGAUACAGUCAGUGACCAAGAGCCAGGCCAGGAAGCAGAACCUGCCAAGGAUGAUUCUCCACCGUCUCCUGCAGUCUGUCCUGAUGAGCCAUCCAUCACCAGCCAGGCUAUUUCACCUGAGCCCUCACCAUCCUCUGAGUCUGUCGAGGCUCAUCUCCCCUCUGUCGCCCUGCCAGCUGAACCUCCAGUCCUGGUUUCAGACCUGGAGGGUGUGGAUAAAAUUGAGGAGCCAGAAACCAAAGAUGAGCCUCCAGUCCUGGUUUUCGACCUGGAGGAUGUGGACAAAAUCGAGGAGCCAGUCACAGAGGAUGACCCAACAACCCAGACCCUGACGGUGCCAACUCCAUCACAUCCUGUGAUCCCGCCCACAGAAGCGUCCAUCACAGCUGCGGUCUCGGAGGAUGAGAUUGUGCAUGAGCAGUCCACCACAGAGCCAGAUCUCCAGACCCCAAACGAGGCUGUGCAGGUCCAAGUCAAAACAUCUAGAAUGAAGAGGAUCCUGAAGUGGUUCAGGAGGAUGUGCUGCUGCUGCUGCAAGCUUCCCGAAGACUGA